GCCUCAAGACCAGUGUCUGAAUCGCUGUUCGUCGGUACUCUCGUGCAGUUGUGCGUGUUAGUGAUGUGAGAGGCUGCUCCCUGAAAAGUUCUAUGUCACGCUCGUGUACGUGUUAGUGUUGAUGGGUUCAGUCCCUGAAAAUGCGAGGGGAAGAGUGUUUUGAAUAAACAUAAUUGCACGUUCAGGACUUCCACAUGUGAGAGAUUUUGAAUCGAAGGCCAACUUUGCUGGGAAAGCUAUAGUACUUGAGAUACGAUGCUUGUGAACACAGUAAAAGUGACUCUGUUCCACGUGAUCCUAGUUAUUGCCUUCGCCACAUCGCAACCUUUCCAGUCUCUGAGCACAAGCAGGCGAGGUGACUUCGAAUGGAACACGAGGAAGAUUGGUGCGAAAAAGGUGGCUACCAUAUCCAUAAGAAAAGAAGAAGAGCGGGACCGUCGAAGCGUGGUCAUUGCUGAGAACGACGAUGGAGAUUUCAGCCUGAGAACGGCACCAUCGCGCCACCAUCACCAUUACCACCAUCAGCCUAGUGCAGACCACCAUCAGCCUAGUACAGACGCCGCAUCUCCUCAAGUGAGCCACGAGAAGGAGAGGAGUUCCUACCAUUACCACAGGCAUCACCGAGGUGAAGGCACCUAUCCAGAUGACAUUGACUGGCUUACCGAUGGAGCGAUAGGCAGAAGAGAAUAUCUUUCAGAGGCGUCAGAACCUGCAGAAGAGAUUCUAGGCGAGUCAGACGUGUUCUCAGGUGAACGCCAUGAACUAUCGAGAACAGAAGAGAGUCUCAUGAAUUCAAGAAAGCUUCAGGAAUUGUUGUCAACCGUCGGGUUGGACAUCAACGCCGACGUUUUCAGAAACGUGACUCAGAUGAUCGAUCGACUUAGAAAGAAGAAGGAAGCUAAAAAAACAGGACAGAAGAAAAAGAAAAGAAGUAAGAAAGUGAAGCGUGACAAAAAGAAGAAAGGAAAGAAGAACAAGAAAAAGGAAAGAAAGAAGAAAUGUAAGCUCCUGAAGGGGAAAGAGAAGAAGAAGUGUCGUGCCCAAUCUCAGAGCCACGAAAAAGCCAGCAGUAUGAGCGGAAGUGAGGCUUGCCAGUACCACAACUUGGAGGAAUGUUCUCGUAAAGUCGGCUUUCUGGAACUGCCCCAUGAGUCGAUGCUCACUGUCGUCAAGUGCCGCUACAGAGAGCAAUUUUUCGACUGCAUGGAAGAACUUCGGCUUGAAACUUGCGACCCGAACUUCAAAACUCAAGGAGACAUGAAAGCUCUGAGGAAGCAAAUUCGCCAAGCAAUCCACACCACCAACAGUUGCCUAAUCUCGGAGGUUAUCGAGGGCUAAAGCAGUCGGAGGAUUUUUGAGAAGAAAUGAAUUAAAUGCAAAAAUGUAACCGUUUCGUGUGAUAGAUGUUACGUUUGAAUCAGGAGAAACAUUCUUGAAUGCUUCUGUGUAAGAGUAGUAAUGUAAUUAGGUGUUUGUUACAUCACUGAUAGACAUUGACCGUCUACUUUUGCCAAGAUAGAAGGGUUCUAAAUGGAUGAAAAAAAGAAAAUUUCAAAAGUAAUAUCCAGAAAGUUUGUCACGGCCGUUUUGGACUGUCCAAAGGAGCUGCUCUUAUAACGGUAUUUCACAGGACAACAGUUCGUAAUAUUUCAUUCUCUAUCACCGUUUUUAAAAGCAAUAACCUGUGAACUAGAUUAAGUGGCUUCAGCACUGAAAUUGAGUUCUCAUGGGCGGCAGACUGUCGGCAGGCAUUGGCACUGAGAAUCCUCUUCAUUCGUCUCCUUUGAGGAGAACGUUCCCUGAAAUGUUUGGUGAGCUGGACGUUGAGAGCUUCCAGGGACUAUAUAUUGUAUCUGCUGGAUAGUUGACUGCCUGGGUCACAGUCAGUUUGGAAGGAGCCACGUGGCCGUCCCCCACUCCCCCGCCAUGCAGCAGAAAUUUGCUUAGUUAAUGAUUAUUUCAACAACAACUGUAAACAACAAAAGCAAUAACAACACCAACAAAAACUACUAUUGUAUAUAAUAUAUGUCUGUAUACAUAUAUAAAUAUUGAUAUAUAUGUACCGUAUUAGUGUACAUUUGCAUAUAUAUAUAUAUAUAUAUAUGAUAAUCUGAAGUGACCCCCCCCCACCAUGAAAGAUUUCUGGUUCCGCCACUGAAGGAGCCAUGGGCUAGCAACCUACUACAGUAUUCUGAAUGACUUGCCGAAUGAACGUUUAAAACUACUGAGUCACCCCAUUCAAGAGGAAAGGGUAAUCUACAUAUACAUAUAUAUAUAU